AUGCAACUUAGAAAAGUCCUUCUCAUGGCUCUAGCAGGAGAGAGGGUGAUCGGGCACCCUGGCGCUGACCACUCUACCGAGGCGCUCCAACGCAAAGAGGCUCUUGCACGAACGCGCACUCUUGCAUCAUGCAGCACUGCGCUUGAGGCUCGUGGCAUCCCCCAAGCCGCGGCUCGACGUCGGAAUGUUCUGCUUUCAAGGAUGCAAAAACGCACAAUCCAUGAACGCGAUCUCGACAAGGCGCUUAACUCUACCCACCACUCCAACCUCACUGGAAUCACAACAGAAACAGACCCGUCCAUACUCUUCUCUGGAAACGGGUCCUGCGCUCUUGUUCCCGAGACUACUCAAGGUCCCUAUUAUGUCACUGGGGAGCUGAUUCGCUCCGACCUGACUGAGGAUCAAAUCGGCGUACCGCUGUAUCUGGACGUACAAUUCAUCGACACGACCACCUGCGAGCCCGUGGAAGGAGUUGCCGUGGACUACUGGCACGCCAAUGCCACAGGUUCUUACUCAGGCAUUGCUAGCCAGGCUGGACUGAAUACUACCUGGCUGCGCGGCAUUCAGAUUACUGAUAAGGAUGGCGUGGUGGGCUUCCGAAGUAUCAUACCUGGGCACUACACUGGGCGGACCCACCACAUACAUCUCCUUGCACAUAGCCCUGGUAACUGGUCCCAAUUGGAGAACGGCACUAUCACUGGCGGCAACAAUACGCCGCACAUUGGUCAGGUCUUCUUCGACCAGGAUCUUCUUGAUGAGGUUGAGACGCUUGAGCCAUACACCCUCAAUACUCAGACUUGGACCAAGAACGACCAGGACAACAUUGUAGUACAAGAGGCUGAGGCCACUGGCGUUGACCCAAUGGCCAACUAUGUGCUGCUUGGCGAUUCUGUCUCUGAUGGCGUCCUGGCCUGGAUCUCAGUUGGCAUGGACCCUUCAGCCGUCUACAAAGUCGAUUCCGCUGUUCAGCAUACCGCGGACGGGGGUAUCGAGGAUCCAUGCUUCUUGAUGAUCAAUUUGACUCCAGACGAUCCAGCACUUCCUCCUCUCCCAGCUUCCUGCACCGCUGUCAGCUCAACAGCUGCGAGUGUUACCGCCAGGUCUUGA